AUGCGCUUACUCAACACAUUGGCGUUCUAUCAUGUGGAGAUUGUCGAGACUGAAGAAGAUGAAACGCAGAACGUGUCUCUGGUUCGAAUGCUGUGGUGUGUACUGCAAGACAUCAGAAAUUUUGAAGACUUCGCUAAGAAUGUGGACUUGAUUCAUGCGCGCAGUUCAGACCCGUAUAUGUGCAUGUUGGUGCUGUUUUGUAUGUUAUACGAACAUCUACUGGUUGUUAUGGAUGACGAAGAGAUGUACGAGCAAGAGUACCCGCUGCCUCUUUGCCAGAUCGAGCGGAUUGUAGUGAGUCUGAAGCAUGCGCUUCAUGAAGCGUAUUGGAAUUACGCCAAUCUCGCUCCAUCUUCUGAAUCCGUUGCGUUUGGCAUGUUUGUCGUGGAAAUGGCGACUCGUUUGAUGCGAGUUCUCUAUAAUCGGUGUUCUCGUCAGCCUUUUUGCAAUGUCUCGAGCUGGAUCAUUGCCGAGUUGGAUAGCAACCAAUUGAUUGAAGAGGUUUUGCUGGGCACACCUCGAGCCAACAAGCUAAUCCAAUCGAUGCCAUAUCUGGUACCUUUUAGUGACCGGGUCAAAUUAUUCCAACGACUCGUCAAGGCCGACAAGGAAAUCCACCAGAAUGAAAGCUGCUCGGUGUACCGUAUCCGGAUCCACCGUGGCGCUAUUCUGGAAGACGGUUUGAGGAAGCUGAACUCAAUCCGAACGAACUUGAAAAAGCGUAUUAACGUGGUGUUUGUGAACUCUGCUGGACGCGAAGAAGUGGGUAUCGAUGCUGGUGGUCUCUUCAAAGAGUUUUGGUUAGACUUGUCGACGCUGGCGUUUGAUCUCCAGUAUGGACUCUUCCUUACGACCCACGAUCAGCUGCUGUAUCCCAAUCCGAAUUCCGCUUCAAGUCAUUUUUCGCGCGAGAGCGACCACUUGACGAUGUUCCAGUUCGUCGGUCGGAUCCUGGGAAAAGCUCUGUAUGAAGGAAUUGUGGUUCAACCGAAGUUUGCGCACUUCUUCCUCUCGAAGCUUUUGCAUUCGUUCAACCAGCUUAACGAACUGCCAUCUCUGGAUCCCGAAAUUUACAAGAAUCUGAUGUUCCUGAAGUCUUAUGAGGGAGAUGUAGAAGAUCUUGGUUUAACGCACACAGUUGUUCAGGAGGUAUUUGGCGAGCAAAAGGAGGUCGAGAUCAUUCCUGGCGGUGGUAAUGUUCCCGUGACCAAUCGAAACAAAACGCGGUACAUUCAUCUUGUCGCGAAUUACUAUCUCAACACGCAGAUCCGUGAGCAGUGCACAGCCUUUCGGAUGGGGCUGUCCGAUCUCAUUGACCCGCGCUGGCUGCAGAUGUUCAAUGAACCUGAAUUACAAGUGCUCAUUUCAGGCAAGAGUGGCAAGAUCGACAUCGAUGAUCUCAAGGCCAACUCUCGAUACGCCGGCGGCUAUUACGCGUUGGACAAACGCGUAGCGUGGCUGUGGCAGGCGCUGGCGAGUUUCACGCCUUCCGAGCAAGCUGCGUUCUUACGCUUCACCACGAGCUGCCAGCGCGCUCCAUCGCUUGGGUUCGCCUCGCUCACACCCCAGUUUUGCGUACAGAAGAUCCCUAUCCGAAGCGACGACGAGCUGCUGCCUAGCUCCUCGACGUGCUUUAAUACGCUCAAGCUGCCCACCUACUCAUCGUACAAGGUGCUCCGCGCGAAGCUGCUUAUGUCCAUCUCGUCUGGCGCCGGCUUUGAGAUGAGUUAAAAGGCUCUUUUUGUCCAAAAUGCCACUUCAACUUCAACAAUUGAUCACAAAUUACAAAAAAA